AUGCCUCAUCCACAAAGAACGGUGAAUGAAACUUGGGAUUUCGUUAAACCUGGGUUGGAUUGCAUUUUAGGUGCCAAUAACGAUGUUGGGAUAACUGCCAUCAUGUAUAUGAGUUGUUAUACUGCCAUUUAUAAUCAUUGUACUGAUAAAAUACAAGGUAAUAGUUAUAUGGGUGGAAAAGCAGGGGCAAGAAAUUUGGGUACUGAUGUUAAUAAUAACUCUUAUAUCUUACCUGGAGCUGAAUUAUAUAAUAAAUUAAAUCAAUAUUUGGUUAAAUUCUUAGAAGAAUUACCUAGAGAUUCUUAUCAUAGUUUAUUGGAAUUUUAUGUUAGAAAAUGGACAAGAUAUACUAUUGGUGCUCGUUAUUUGAAUAAUGUAUUUGAAUAUAUGAAUAAAAAUUGGGUUAAUAAAGAAAGAAGUGAUGGUAGAAGAGAAGUUUAUGAUGUUAAUACUUUAUGUUUAAUCAAAUGGAAAGAAGAAAUGUUUAAACCAAAUGAAGAAGCUUUAAUUAAUGAAUUAAUGGAUCUAAUUGAAAAACAAAGAAAUAAUGAAAUUGUUGAUACUUCAUUGAUUUCAGCUGCCGUUAAAUCAUUAGUAUUUUUAGGUAUUGAUCCUCAAGAUUUAAAAAAGACAAAUUUAAUGGUUUAUGUAAGAUCAUUUGAACAAAAAUUUUUAGAACAAACUAAAAUUUAUUAUCAAAAUGAAAGUAAUCAAUUCUUAGCUAAAAAUAAUGUUAUUGAUUAUAUGAUUAAAUGUGAAACAAGAUUAAGUGAAGAGAUUUCAAGAUCAAAUAAUUAUUUAGAAGAUCAUACUAAAAAACAUUUAUCAGAUGCUUUACAUAAAGUUUUAAUUGAAGAUCAUUCUCAAGAAAUUUAUAAUGAAUUCAUUCAACUAAUAGAAAGAAAUGAAACCGUUCAUAUUCAAAGAAUGUAUAAAUUAUUAGUUAAAGUUCCAAGAGGUUUAGAACCUUUGGCUGAUAGUUUAGAAAAUUAUAUUAAAGAUCAAGCUGAUCAAAGAUUAAAACAACUUAAAGCUGAUAGUGAAAGUGGAGCUGAUGAAUUAAUUAAAAGAGGUGGGGCUAAUACAGUCGAUACCAAAGUUUAUGUUCAUACUUUGAUUGAUAUUUAUAAUAAAUAUCGUGAAGUUGUCAGUAAUGCCUUUAAUAAUGAUGUUAAAUUCAUUAAAGCAUUGGAUAAUGCUUGUCGUCAUUAUGUUAACAAGAAUGUUAUUGCCAGUCCAAAUCCAAAAGUUGCUUGUAAAUCUCCUGAAAUAUUAGCAAGAUAUGCUGAUAUAUUCUUAAAGAAAAGUAGUAAAGAUCUUGAUAUUUUAGAUAUGAAUGCUGAUAAUUUAAUGAUUGUAUUUAAAUAUUUAAAUGAUAAGGAUUUGUUUGAAAGUUUCUAUCGUCGUCAAUUGGCUAUAAGGUUGAUUACUGAUACUUCAAAAUCAGAAGAAUUAGAAGCUUCAUUAUUGCAAAGAUUAAAGGAUGAAAAUUCAAGUGAAUAUACUGCAAAGAUGUCUAAAAUGUUUAGUGAUAUGAAGGCUUCCGAAGAUUUAAGAGUUGGUUUAAGAGAUGCUGGUGCUGUUAAAGAUUUCAAUCCAUUAAUCUUAGCUCAGAGUAUGUGGCCAUUCAAUCAUAAUCCCGAUUAUGAUUUAACAGUGGCUCCAAUAUUACAAGAUCAAUUUAAUCAAGUUGUGGAAAAAUAUGGUACUAAACAUAAUGGUAGACAAUUAACUUGGCUUUGGAAUCAUGGUAGAGCUGAAUUAAGAGCAAAUGUAACCAAAAAGAAUCUGAAAUAUCCAUAUUUUACUUUUUUUGUUACCAAUACUCAAUUAAUGAUUCUUAUGGCAUUUAAUGAAAAAAAUAGUUAUACAUUUAAAGAAUUACAUGAAAUAGUGGGUACUCCAAGUAAAAUAUUUGAAGCUCAAUUACAACCAUUCAUUUCUUAUAAAUUAUUUGAACAAGUACCUGAAGGAGAAGAAAAUUUAAAUAAAGAAGAUACAAAAUUCACUAUAGUUGAAGACUAUAAAUCAAAAAGACAAAAGGUAAGUUUCAUAAGUGCAGUUAAAAUAACAGGUACUAAACAAGAAGAAGAUGAUACUGCUAAAGAAGUUGACGAAGCUCGUAGAAAUUUCCUUUCAGCUUGUAUUGUUAGAAUCAUGAAAUCAAGAAAAACUAUCCAACAUAGUGAUUUAAUAAAUGAAGUAUUACCUCAAACAGCAAACAGGUUCCAAGCUAAGGUGAUUGAUGUGAAGAAAGUCAUUGAUCAUUUGAUUGAGAAGUUAUAUAUUGAACGUAUUGAAAACAACUCUUAUCGUUAUUUAUCUUAAGUCUGUCUGUCUUUCUAUAUGGAGUGUAUAGAUAUAUAUUUAUAAGUAAAAUAGAUAAAUAUUUGCGUAU